GGUUCCUAAACUGCUUCUUUUUCUACCCUGUUGCAGCAGCUGGAGCAAAACCAGCAGCACCCACUUGUUUCCAGAGCAGCAGAUAACUCAGUCCUGCUACUGGCAAGUGAUGAAGAGGAAGGAAGAAACAACAAUAGUGCAUGGUCAUCAGGUAUUCUUAGUUCUCCAAACUGGAUGGAUGAAUACUUAGAGCUUAUUGAAGAGUGUGAUGAGCAAAGAAGCCAGCUGCUGUUGGACAGCUCUGUACUGAGUGAUAAUGAUGAAGAUGAAGUAACAGAUAAUGAUGUGUCUGUGACUGAUUCAGCAUCUGAAGAAAGGGAUUCAUCAGAAGAUGAAACUGGAAGUUCAGAUGCUUGGCCAGCAGGUACUAUUAGGUGCCCGAUCUGCAUGGAUUUUUACCCACAGAUUGUGCAAAGUAGACGACUGAUUUUGUCAACACUGUGUGGCCAUGUCUUCUGCAGUCAGUGCCUCCCUUUUGCCCUUCAGACUGGCAGCUUUUGCCCAACCUGCAGGACAGAUCUCACUCCAGGACAAUAUCAUCCCAUUUAUAUAUAAGUACUUCUAUUUUUCAAGACAGUCUCAGAUGGAUUUGGGGGGGAAAGGUGGUAUAAUGAGGCUUUUUUUUCUAUGUGUAUAUAAUUUUUGUGGUAAAAAGUUCCA